UGUAAACAAAAAUGGCUGAAGAAAUGUUGGAUGAUGAAGAAAUCGCUGUCAACCCAUUUUCAAACCCCCAUAGUUCAAAUAGGUCGAGUAGAGGCCGAUUGGUUUACAACACUGAUGCUCCACCAGACGUUGAUGUCAGCUUUAGGGGUGUUGCAACCCCCCGUUUAGUAAUACAAACAGAUGAUUCCCAAGGACAUUUUAUAAGAUCUGGUGGGAGUGAAACUUCACAAAAUGGGUCAUGGGUUCCAAAUGUAAACACUUCUGUACCCAUACUUAUGAACAAUGGCAGCAGUGAUCUUGCUGAACAGGAAAUGUAUGCAUUAUCAAAACACCAUUGUCAUCCCAGGAAGAAGCAAGAACCAAUAAACAGAGCGCGAAACCAGCUCAUUGCAGUUACGGUGUUAUCAACACUGUUUAUGAUUGCUGAAAUUAUAGGAGGUGUAUUAUCGGGUAGCCUUGCCUUGGUGACGGAUGCUACCCAUUUAGCAAGUGACGUUCUCAGCUUUGUGAUCAGUCUCAUUGCAAUACAUGUUGCUAGGAAACAACCUACAACCAGAUUAACAUUUGGAUUCCAUAGAGCAGAGGUGAUUGGAGCUUUGUUUAGUGUCAUCAUAAUCUGGAUCAUUACUGGUGUAUUAGUUUACAUGGCAGUUAGACGUAUCCUUGAGAACAACUAUCAUAUUCAUGCAGAUGAAAUGCUCAUAACAGCUGGUUGUGGAGUUGCAUUCAAUAUUAUAAUGAUGGUGGUGUUGCACACAGAGUCCUUCAAGUGUAACUUACGGACAUUUGGGCACAACCACUCCCAUGGAGGGGGUCACGGUCAUUCCCACGGAGGGGGUCACUCACAUGUGGAGAGUGACGACACAUCCGGGUCAUCAGUAGGCUAUACUACUCUAGAAGAACCCACCUGUACCAGUAAUAAUGCUCACUCACACGAAAAUGAUCCCACACCUGCCAAGAAGAACAUUAACGUUCGUGCUGCUUUCAUUCAUGUAAUAGGUGACCUAAUUCAAAGUUUAGGAGUCCUUAUUGCAGCAUAUAUAAUAAAAUAUAAGCCAGAGUAUAAGAUGGCAGACCCAAUUUGUACAUUUGUCUUCUCGGUCCUGGUGCUAAUUACAACAUUCACGGUGCUUAGAGAUGCUUUUCAUAUCAUCAUGGAGGCCUUUCCAAAAGAUAUCCCAUAUAAGGGCCUUAAAGAUGCAAUGCUGGCUAUAGAAGGAGUGUCUUCAGUUCAUAACCUGAAUGUCUGGUCACUUACUAUGGACAAGCCUGCAAUGAGCGCUCAUGUUGCAAUAGAUUCAGAAGCAGACGCCAAGUCUAUCCUGUACCAGACAAAUACUCUUCUGCGCAAGAAAUUUGACUUUGAUGUCACAACUAUUCAAGUUGAAUCAGCUGAUGAUGCUGUUAUGCAUGAUUGCUUCCAUUGUCAAGGACCCCUUAUAUAGAACUAUAUGAUCACUUCAAUUGUCCAAGACCUCUUAUAUAGAACUAUAUGAUGGCUUCAAUUGUCCAAGAACCCUCAUACAUGUCAUAUAGAACAAUAUGAUGGCUUCAAUUGUCCAACACCCCUUAUUUAAAACUAUAUUAUUGCUUCAAUGGUCCAAGACCUCUUAUAUAGAAUUAUAUUAUUCCCUCAAUUGUCAAAGACCCAAUAAUUGUCCUGAGGGUUGUGACAUGCUUUUAUAUGUUAUCAAUAUUAAAUAUAUGUCUAUAACAUUUAGGACUCGGGCAGUUCAAUAUAAGAAAAUAUAUGAAUUCAUGAAUUGAAAACCAUUUUAUACUUUAUUACAGUGAAAGAGUUAAAGUGCAGUAAUACGAGCAUAUAUUGUUAAUAUAGUGUACAUUGUACAUGGUUUACACAUGAAUUUGCAUGUAGUUGAAUACUAUCGAACACACUGUUAUCAAAGCAUACUGAUCAUCUGAACGUGUUUUAGCUGAUGAUUUGAUCAUUUUUUCGCAUGGAGACAUUUUUUCAGUAUUUUGUUUGUAAGAGGA